GAGUUUAAAGAAGGAGUUGAUGAUUGGCUUAAAGAACGAAAACAUGUUGCACAAAAAGAGUUAUUCCUCGCUAUUCUUGAUUUAUCUUUUAGCGUUGGUAAAGUUGUUAUUCAGCCCGGAGGUGUACUCAAUUUUGUUGAUACUGUAAAAAAAGUGUCCAAAUCAGUUCAAGAUAUCAUUGAACAUAUUAAUAUAGAAAACAUUAAAGCGUUAGUCAAGAUAACUAAUGAUGAUGACGUAAAAAAAGAAUUGGAGCAAGCUAAUGAUAUAAAUAACAAAGCCAAUAAAAUCAAAGAAAUUACAAAUAAGCUAAAAAGUGAUCACGAUAUGGCUGUUGAACUAAACAAAUCCGCGAUGGAAAUGAGUAAAAAAUUCGAAGAAUUUAAUAAUAAAAAUAUUUCAGAAAGCUUUGAAACUAAAGAUUCAAAAGGAAUCAUGCUACGUAAAGAGCUGAAAUCAACUAGGGAUAACAUUGAUGAACUGCGUCAAAUCAUAAAAUCGUUCGAGCAAAAUAUUAAAGGUGCAGACGAAUAUUUGAAGUCUUUAAUAGAUUUUAUUAACUUAAUUGAUGCUCACAUUGAAGCAAAAAUCGAAGAAAGCGAAAGGUCUAAAGAACUUUCAGGAAUUGAAUUACAAGUAGAGAUGUGCAAAAAAAUAGAAGAACGACUUGAGCAAAGGAUUCAGUUAGAAAAUGAUUCUCAAGAUGACGAAAUUAAGCUUCUACUAUUCGAACACCUUAUCGAUAUCAAAUAUUGUAUGACAUUAUUCAUGGAAAAGUAUCGUUCCGCUUAUAAAUAUUGGACUCUAUCCGAAUCCAAAUUAGAGCUUUCAGUUAUUAAAGAAUUCAAUGAAUCAGUUAUCAAUAAAAUGUUUGAAGAUCUCGAUAAUGCCUUUAAUGAUAGACCUCAGAUAAAAGAGACUACUUUUGAAUUUAAAGAAACAUAUAUUGAUGAAUUUAAACAAAUUAGUUCGGUAAUAAUUGACAUUCCGUUGGAUUGUGAUGAAUUAAAAAACUACGCUCGCCUAAGGCUUCGUGCAUUUAGGAUAUACUUAAAAGGAGUUGGAUCCAUAAACGAAUCAAUCGGUCUUUAUAUUAGUCAUUCUGAUACAUUUGCUGACAGAGAUAAAAAUAAUAAUAAAUAUUAUUUUAAAUCAGAUCCCAAAAGAGAAGGAUUUGAAUACAAAGUAAAUAAAGAUCAUUCUGCCGAAUGUGAUAUAAGCGAAAAAUACAAAAUAGUUUUCGAUAACAUCUAUUAUAAAUUAGAGCAUAAAGAUUAUUCUUUUGCCCCAACACCAUUUAGUCAAUGGACAAUUAGUCUUUAUAAAG